AUGGCAAUCGGAGGUGCAUCGGCUGGGCUUCGUAUUGCUGCAGAUGCCGGUUUUGUGAGGGAAGAGGCGUUCGCUUCAUUCCCUUCACGAGGUGGUUACCCUGUCAGUCAGCCACGUGAAGAUGAACCGAUCCCAGGCUUCGCUGACGAGUUUUCGUUCGCCAGGGUCGAUUCUGGCGAGGCAGCAAGCUGGCAGGUCUUGGAUGUGGACUCCGAGUCGGAUGGAGUGGAUUCACAGACGGUGAAUCCCACGAGUGAGCUUGGCCUUGACUCGUCUUUCGCAGCCCAGGUUGACCAUGGAUCGGCUGAGGUUGCAACGAAUGUGCAUGACAAGGCCAGGUCACGCCGGAAGAGGGAAUUCUUUGAACAUCUUCUGUCUUUUCCAGCAGCUCUGAAUCACCUAACAUUUCGCCAUGAUUUUGCCGCGGCCGUGCUCGGCCCAGGGGCAGGAACGUUGCGGGGUCGCGUCGAGGUGCUCCGUGCUGGAGUGCUGAAGAGGCCACGCUAUGGUCUCUAUGUUCGCCUAGCUCAGGAAGGAGGGGUUUCAGACGAGGUGAUGUUGAUGGCAGCUGAACGACAGCAGCAGCGGACCUUCGGGCCCUACUAUGUCAUCUCUGCAAAUGCUUUGGACUUCGAUCGCGAGUCCCCUUGCUUCCUGGGUCGGCUCACAGGAAAUGCUAUGUGCACCCAGUACCUGCUUCAUGGGCAGCGAGCAUCCGGCGCGUUGCGAGAGGAGCUCUGCGCCGUGCGGUUUCGGAAGCCCAGCGAUGCGCCACGCAGCAUGCACGUGGUGCUGCCGAGCAGCUCUUCCGCCGCCUCGUUUUCCGCGCGCAACGGCCAGGAGGGCAUGUUGCUCAAUGCUGCUGCGGGCAGUGCCAGUCGCGAAAACGGGCUCAACUAUCUGGUGAGUCCAUCGUCCACUUGGGACGCAACGCGAAAGGUUUAUCGCAUGAACUUCCAUGGGCGUGUCCACUGUUCGUCUUCCAAGAACUUCCAGCUGGUGCAGGCGGACAGCAGCUUCAAACCGGAGCAGCCGGAUGCUCUGGCCAUGCAGUUCGGCCGCAUCGACGGAGCCAGCUUUGCACUGGACGCAGCCUUUCCGUUGAGCCCUUUGCAGGCCUUCUCGAUUGCCCUCUCUGUCUUCGACAACCGGCUCUAUGAAGCCCUGCGGAUCUACUACUGA